GAUUCGACGAUCCCAUUUCUCCCUCUAUUUAUCUUCAUCAACUCUAGCAACUUCUCCCUCUCCUCCAUUUUUCUAGCAACCUUUUCCUCCCAUUUCCUUUUUUUUUUCUUUUUUUUUUUAUUCUACUUGUUUUCCUCUCCCCUCUCAUUUUUUUUUCUAAAUUUUUUUGGGUUCAUGUUCAUGAACCCAAAUCUGGGUUCAUGAAUCUAGAUUUGAGUUUGUGUUCAUGAACCUUCCCUUCUCUUCCUUAAACCAACUCCUUUCUUCCAUCUUUCAAUGUCAGAUGAUGAUGCAGCAUUUAAGAUUUGUAUCCAUUAUGCUGGACAUGUUAGAAGAGAUGUUUCACGUUAUGUUGGAGGUGAAACUUGUGAUUUAGGAGUUAAUGACAUUGACAAGCUAUGCUAUUUUGAUAUCAUCGAUAAACUAAAUGAGGUCAGGAUUCAAUCAGUAAAGGCAUUGUAUUACAAAGUUCUUGACUUGCCUUUUGCUAGUGGUUUACUGCCUUUAAAUGGAAGUGACGUGGAUGACGAUGAGCUAGUGGCUGGUAUUGAGAAAAUGAAUCAUAGAUAUGCUGAUUUUGAGAGUUUCAAUUGUGCAGCAAGUAAAGCAAUUGAAAAAGGCAAACAAAAAGUGAUAGAGGUGUCCAAAGGAAAGAAGAACUUGAAUCCCUUUUCAAAUUCCAUUGAUGCAAACCAGGCUUCAAAAGGGAUUGUGAUAAGAGAUGUUGAAGGUGAAGGCCCUAGAUUUGUUGCAAAUUCUAAUUUGGAGAAUAGUGAUUCUGACUUUAGUGAUAGGGACAGUGAAUAUGUUGAUAGUAGUGAUCCUAGUAGCUACUAUAGUGAUAGCUCGAUUGAGGACUUGGACUCAUUUGUGAAAGAUGAUGCACUGAGAACUGCAAAAUUUCGGACACACAAGGCAGCAAACAAAAUGGAUAAUUUAAGCCUUAAAAGGCUGUCACAUACCAGAAUUUUCCAGCUAAAACCGAAGCUGCAGUUGGGGAAGAGGCCGGCGGCAAGCUGUUGGGAAAGCUCACGGGUUUACCCAAAAAUUGGAGGAACAAGAGUAAUUAAAGUAAACCCAUGGCAAUUCAAAGCUAGAGAAGGGAGAAUUCGAGCUAUUUCUUACCAAAAAACCAAGCCAAUUCGCCCCCACAAGGCAAGAGCAGCCGGCGGUGAAGAAGCAGAGCAAGGCAAAUCCGGCUUUUCCAGCAGGGGAGGGAAGAUUUCUGGGUUCUAGGUGUGUUCUAGAGCAAGAAGGAAGGAGAAAUCUCCAAGCUUUCUCACUAGUUUCUCAAAGGUUGGCUGGGUUCCCUUUCUUUUUUUUCUCUCGGGUUGCAGCGGGAAGACAAGAGCAGAAACGGGCUGGAGAAGAAAAAGGAAAAGGGAGAAAAGAAAUAAGCCAUCCUUAU